AUGGCUGGUCAUCCUGGGUGCGGCACUUUGCGGCAAUCAGCGGGAAUCUUUUGGAUGGCAGAAGCAGCAAUUGCGCUUUCGUAUCCUGACCCAGACAACCAAGAACGCUUCUUGGGAUUCUGGCUUAGCUUCCGUGUUGGAGGACAAAUGCUCGGUGCUAUCAUCAGUCUGGGCAUCAAUGCCCAUCGGUCAACCUCGAGCUCUAUCUUAUUCACCGUGUACUUGCGCUUCCAUGGCGCUGCAGGCUCUUGGUUCUUUUGCUGGUCUGCCUUUGAACAAUCCGUCCAGGUACAGCGAAAAGACGGAGUCCCUGUUCAACUUCAAGUGACAAACAAUAUCGGAUACGAGCUAAAGAGCAUGUCGAAUCUUUGGAUCAGUCCCAAGUUUCUGUUCAUCGUUCCUUUUCUAUGCCAGGCUGUGUAUACAGAGCCUGUGAUGCUUUCGCAUGAGAGAUUGUGGUUCACAGUACGUGCCAGAGCUCUCGGGUCAUUCCUUUCUGGUGUGAUUGCUUUGAUCAUCGGCAACCUUCUUGGAGCCUUCCUUGAAACCAGGCGGAUUUUUCUGAAGAAGAGAAGUCGAUAUGGAUUUUUCUUAGUCGUUGGGUGGCAAGGCAUGUGCUAG